AUGUACCUGGAGUCCACCCAGCCUCGCACCGGCUUCCUCGAUCACCAGAAGUCUCUUCUGUCUUCAGCAGCCCAUACCCCAAGGGCGGCAUCAAAUCACCACGCCGCUGUUUCCGCGCCUAACAACGCUCAUACGAUGGAGCGAGCCACGAGCGAUUAUCCUCAGCCUGGGCUACCUUCGCCAUACCCUGCUCCGUACACGGAUGGCAGGUCCGAAGGCUCAUCGGCGACUCCUACGUCCGAGUAUGGCGUUUACCCUACGUCCGCGCGCUCCGGUUCUUUCCCGGAGCACAUCCAGCGCCCCUAUCAUCCCCAUCCUGCGAGCAACAGCGCAAGCAGCGGCGGCAUGCCUCAAGGAAGCAAUAGCUCGAUCGCGGCUCCCAGCCCCACGUAUCCCUACAGCCAAGCGCAUUCGCCCUACGGGCCCCUGGCGACAUGCCAAACUAUCCACAUGGUGGCGGAGUGUAUGCUCAGGCUCGAGCGGACUGGGCCGCGCUCGCAGCAACACAAACGACCCCGAAGGCGCUACGAGGAAAUUGAGCGCAUGUACAAAUGUGGCUGGAACGGUUGCGAAAAGGCCUAUGGAACGCUGAACCAUCUUAAUGCUCACGUAACAAUGCAAGGCCACGGCACGAAGAGAACCCCAGAUGAAUUCAAGGAGAUCCGUAAGGAGUGGAAGCAGAGGAAGAAGGAGGAGGAGGCCCAGCGCAAGGCGGAAGAAGAGCGCCAACGUAACGCCGCUUCGGCUGCUCAGAACCAGGGCCAGGAACCCGGAUCUGUCGACGGCGGCCAGGCUCCCCCAGGCUACCCCAGCUCUCGCGCUCUCCAGCUUCCUCCAAUCGGUUAUCAGCCAAAUGCGUAUCCCGGCCCCCGUCGGCGGGAGUGCCGCAACAAUCGCUACCAGACUAUGGCAACAGCCAGAUCUGCCAACGGAAGCCAGCCGCCUAGCCAUUAG